AGGCGGAGCGGACACGGGCUGCAGGGGAGGGCGGGGUUGGUGGGUUCGCGCCUCUGAGGGCUCGCGGCACUGGGCGACAGGCCGAGUGCGGGCAUCGGAAUGCGGGCGGCGGCGAGUGAUACAGUCAGUGAGUUUGCUGAGUGCCUAGUAAGUGCGAGGCACCUUUGCGGUCCCCGCUCCUCUUCCUGACGGCCUGUGAGCAGGAGCGGGGUGCGUCACUGGGACCACGGCUCACCGACUGCGGGUCCCAGCUCACCUGCACCUGGGCUUCUGAGUCUACAGAAGAGCCAGUCUGAGGCCUCAGAAGAUCUCCGCCCUUUGUCCAGGGCAGAACAGGAUGGCCACAGCCCAGGAAUCCUUGACCUUCAGGGACGUAUUCGUGGACUUUACCCUGGAGGAGUGGCAGCAACUGGACUCCGCUCAGAGGAACCUCUACAGAGAUGUCACACUGGAGAACUACAGCCACCUGGUGUCCGUGGGAUACCUUAUUACCAAACCAGAUGAGGUAUUGAGACCGAGACAAGUAGAAGAGGCCAUGGGGGCAGAGGGAGAGCCACCAGCCCGGAACCAUCCAGAAUUCUGGCAAGCUGAUGACCAGAUAGACGACCACAAGGAAAGCCGAGACCAACCUCAGUGGCAAGCUGCAUUAGCGGACAAGGAAGCACGGAAGGAUCAAAGUGGCCAAGAAUUCACAACCUUGAGGAAAAUCGUGUAUCCAAACACAGACUUUAUUUUUAUAAGACAAAGACUCCCUAAAUAUUGUUCCUGGGGACGGUGUUCAAAACACAAUUUAAGCUUUCUUUGUCAAAAUAGAAGCUAUGUAAGAAAGAAAGAUGGUGAACGUCAGGCACAUUGGAAAUUGUGCUUCCAUUCUAAUCUCAAUAAUGCUCAACCUGCAGAGAAAUUUUUUGAGCCUAAUCAACAUAGAAGAACCCUCCACCAGAAGCAAGCACUUAAUAAAACCCAAAGAUUUCAAACUAAGGAGAAACUCUAUGAGUGUGCUGAAUGCAGUAAAGUGUUUAUCCAGAAAGCAAACCUUGUAGUACAUCAGAGAACUCACACAGGAGAGAAGCCUUAUGAAUGCUUUGAAUGUGCAAAAGCCUUCAGCCAGAAGUCAACCCUCAUUGCUCACCAGAGAACUCACACAGGGGAGAAGCCCUAUGAAUGCAGUGAAUGUGGGAAAACCUUCAUCCAGAAGUCGACUCUGAUUAAACACAAGCGAACUCACACAGCCGAGAAACCAUUUGUAUGUGGUGAAUGUGCAAAAGCCUUUAAGAGUUCCUAUCACCUUAUUAGACAUGAGAAAACACACCUUAGACAAGCAUUUUGUGAAGGAAUUCGCUGUGGUAAGUCCAGCCUUAUGCAUCCAAGGACUCACAAGGGUGAGAAACCUGAGUGCAAUAAACACAAGAAGAUCUUUGACGAGAAAGCCAACCCCAUUAAACACCAGAGGUCUCAUACAAAAGAGAAACCUUAUGAAUGCAGUAAAUGUGGAAAAAGCUUCAGGGGAAAGUCACACCUCUCUGUUCAUCAGAGGAUUCACACAGGAGAGAAGCCUUACAAAUGCAGCAUAUGCGGGAAGACUUUCAGUGGGAAAUCACAUCUCUCUGUGCAUCAUAGAACUCAUACAGGAGAGAAGCCUUAUGAAUGCAGAAGAUGUGGGAAAGCGUUUGGUGAAAAGUCAACCCUCAUCGUACAUCACAGAACUCACACAGGAGAGAAACCCUAUAAAUGCAACGAGUGUGGGAAAGCCUUCAGCGAGAAGUCACCGCUGAUAAAACAUCAGAGAAUUCAUACAGGAGAAAGGCCCUAUGAAUGCAGUAACUGUGGGAAGGCUUUCAGUAGGAAGUCAACUCUCAUUAAACAUCAGAGAAUACACACAGGGGAAAAACCCUACGAAUGCAGUGAAUGUGGGAAAGCCUUUAGCGUGAAAUCAACUCUCAUUGUACAUCACAGAACUCAUACGGGAGAAAAACCCUAUGAAUGCAGGGACUGUGGAAAAGCCUUCAGUGGGAAGUCAACUCUCAUUAAGCAUCAGAGAAGCCACACAGGAGAUAAAACCUUUUAAGACACUUGAGCGUGAGAUAAUGUCACUAUUCCUUAUUUCUCAUUAUGUAUCCGUUCAUCCCGGUCAGUAACCUUAUAAAUGCCAAGAAUGUCGGAAACUCUUAAGACAUUAUUUAAUGUUCCUUUAAUAUAAUAAAUGGUACAAAAGCAUAA